AUGAAGACUGUGAGUCGUAUGAACGGGCAACAGUUUCAUAAGCUCCAGUUCUGGGUGUGUCUAAUGGAAAAUGGGGCCAGUUAUGACUCUGCCCCAAAGGCAAAGAAAGAAAAUGCCCCAACUUCUACUGUGCAGUCCAAUGUUGAACCUGGGAGCAGUGACCCUGACAAGUACUGUAGCCUGUGUCAAGCUUUUUUUAACCAUCCUGCUAUUGCCAAACAACAUUAUGUGGGUAAAAGACACAAGAAGCGUGAGACAAAAGCAAAGUUGUUGGAACAACUGGGGCAAACUGAUAAUAACUCUGCUGCUGCUAAAGGCUAUCCCUGUAACACCUGUAACAUUGUUCUGAACUCAAUAGAACAGUAUCAGGCACACAUCCAGGGAACCAAACACCAGAACCAGAAUUGCAUGAAGAUGGUGCACCACAACUAUAGCAUAUGGAACUUUGCGGAGACCAUUGUCAUCUGGAUAACCACAUCUGCAGUAAGUAUUUGCACCUUGAGGAAAUUCAGGUUCAGUAAAUUGGGAGUCUGAGGUGCAGAUCUUAUAGUGCAUCAGGGAAGAGAUGAGUUACUUGGGCACCUUUUAUCAAGUAGAUACUCUCACUGGUUGGGCAGUGUUGCACAUUUGAUCAGUGAUUAUGAAAGGAGAUAUGGGAACUCAUGGUGCACUGCUGAAAGACCUUUACUGUGAACUAGCAGGAAUAUUUUGCUGCCAAUGUGGAUGAGGGAUAAAAUCUGAAAGGUGGAUAAGCAAAUUGAACAUGGCAUCGUGCUACAGAAGGCCAGUCAAGUGGUUGAAAUGAAAGAUACUGUUGUAUUGGUAGGAAGAGGUACAGUCAGGGGAAUAAAUUUUGUUUCUGGAGCCGUGAUUGGCGAUUCCAAGGUACCAGCCUAGUGCUAAGGUUAAAGACAUUUCCUCACAGCUGGGAAAGAAUUUGAAAUAGGACAAGGCUGAUCCAGUUGUCUUUGUGCACAUACGAAUCAGUGACAUUGGAGGACUGGGGUUCUGAUGAAGGAAUUUUAGGAACCCGAGUGCAGGACCUGAGCAAUGCAUAAAUUGGUAUAAAGUCUAAACAGAUCAAAGCAUUGAACAUGUAAUUCAAAGAACAGUGUGUCAAAGGGUUUUUUUAAUUCAUGGUACUAACGCCAGUGCUAGGAAAACAGGUUGUUUGCUUAGAACAAACGGGGACCAGUAUCCUGGUGAAUUGUAUAACUAUGAUUUUAGGUGAAGCUUCAAACUAAAAAGCUGGGGAGAUGUGUGGAAUUUAAAUUAGGAAACAUUUAAAAUUCUUAGAAGAAAAAUCAAGGCCACAGAACAGUGUUGUGAUUUGAGUAAAGAGGAGCAUUUGAUAGGAAUGGCCAAAAAAGUUGAAAGGUAUCCACAUCAGAUGCCACCAAAACUGAUUAUUUCCAGCAUCCACAAUAAUGUGCUCUAAAAAGGGUUUUUGAUGUGCAAUAAAACUGAUAUUCUUAAAUACUUCGUAAAAUGCUAAUGAGCUUAAGCAUAUGAAUUAGGAGUGGGAGUAGGAAAUUCAACCCUUUGAGCCUCCUCUGCUGUUUAACAUUAUCCUGGCUGAUGUUAUCCUGGUCUCAGCUCCUCUCUCCUGCCUGCUCCCUAUAGCCCUUUAUCUCACUUUAUCAGAUUUCUUUCUUGAAUCUGUUGAUUGAUUCUGCCUCCACUGCACUGUAGGAAAAUGAGUUCCACAGAUUCGCAACCCUUUGAGAAAUAGAUUUUCCUUAUCUCAAAUGUUGAACCUACAUCCUCUCUCUCAAUAUCUGUGAUCUCUUGCUCAAGACUGUUGAACAGUGGGGGCGGUGGGAAUCAUCUGUCCAACGUCCACCUUAUCAAUCCUCUUUAGCAUUUUAUAUACCUCAUGCUUCUGAACUCCAGUGAAUACAAGCCCAAUCUAUACAACCACUCUUUAUAUGACAGUCCUUUCAUCCUGAAAUCAAUCUGGUGAACCUCCUCUGAACUGCCUCCAGUGCCACCACAUCCUUCCUUAAGUAAGGAGACCAACUAGACACAAUAUUUUCAAG